UUCUCGUGUUAAUGUUUUUUUUUUUUUAAAUAAUUUGUAUUUUAUGCUCAGAACUAAUUUUUUUUUUCUGAAGUGGGCUGAUAGGUAUCUGCAUCCGGGCCGGUGUAUCUCGAUUCUCUUGGUCUUGGUCUUAAGUUGAAGUCAGGGCGCACAAUACAAUCUAUUUUAUAUCUACCGCAAAUGCCACAACUGCGUCACGGCGGUUUGACAUAGCAUGAUAACUCAUAUCUGGUGAACUAUGGAUGAGGAAGCUGAAACAUACAAGCUCUGGAAAUGCAGAAAGACAGUUAUGCAGUUGUGCCACGACAGAGGAUACCUAGUGACACAAGAUGAGUUGGACCAGACGUUGGAACAAUUCAAGGUGCAGUUUGGAGACAAACCCAGUGAAAGGAGACCGGCCCGCAGCGACCUUAUCAUCCUGGUGGCACACACUGACGACCCCACUGACCAGAUGUUCGUCUUCUUUCCUGACGAUGCCAAGAUCGGCAUCAAGACGAUCAAGACGUACUGCCAGCGCAUGCAGCAGGAGAACAUCUCGCGAGCGGUGAUCGUCGUUCAGGCCGGCAUGACGCCCUCCGCCAAACAGUCGCUGGUGGACAUGGCUCCCAAGUACAUCCUCGAGCAGUUUAUGGAGUCGGAACUGCUCAUUAACCUCACCGAGCACGAGCUGGUACCCGAGCACGUGGUACUCACCCCUGAGGAGAAACAGGAGCUGCUGUCGCGCUACCGCCUCAAGGAGAACCAGCUGCCGCGUAUCCAGAGCGGCGACCCCGUGGCGCGCUACUUCGGACUGCGGCGAGGACAGGUGUGUAAGAUCAUCCGACGGUCGGAGACGGCCGGACGGUACGUGUCCUACCGGCUGGUCUGCUGACCACUCUAUCUGACCCCGACCCGGGCUCUGAGGAACCUGCACCGGCCCUCGGUGAGCUCUGCCAGUCGGUACCGUCGUCCCGGCGCGCCUGGCGGUGAUAUGGGUAAACUGUAGUUCGGCUGUCGGCCGCCUGGUGGCCUGUACCGUGCGGAUUGUGGACGGAAUUCCGUGGCGUUACGAAGUUUCCGUUGUGUCGGAUUGUCCAACUGUCAGGACAGGCUGGUUCGGUGAGGUGGUGUCUGGUUUUGGAGUGAGAAGCUGCCCUACAUCUGUGUCCAUUUCAUAAGCGAAGGUCUUUGUGUCACCAAAUGCAUUUUACGUAUCGUG